GUUGGUGGUGGAGGAUUGGGAACCCGAUCCUUUCUGAAGAAUGAGAUGAGUGGAAGAAAGGGUUUGUUUUGUUCCGAGUCCGGCUGGCACACGUAACUCGGCGGAUCAAACACGAAGACAUGCCCAUGCUUACGUGUCGACUCAGUGCUCCUCGUCAUCAUCGUCGUCGUCGUCCGAUCUCCAUCUCUCUACAUUUACAAGAAAACACCAAAUUCAUCUCUGUUGAGAUCGCGAAACUGUUGGCUCCUCUUGGCCGUUUCUCUCUCUCUGCCCUUCUCCCCAGUUCAGGUGAGGAAGGGACAGAGAUUUGGUCUUCUCAUUCACGCUAUAUUAUUUUCAGUUGUCGGGCUUCUCACGAUUCAUGAGUUUGGUCCCUUUUUUCCUUUCUUUUUUUUCUAUUUUGUUUCCAUCCGAAUACUUUUCUGUCUCCCUUCUAUUAAAUACUUUCUAUUCUUUUGAGCUAAAACGCACUGCCUACAUCUAGUUUCUUUUUCUCUUAAAAUCACAACAUUGAUUUUUCUGAUCACAAUUUUGCUUCUUGAGAUCAUGCUGCCAUGUAUUGUUAUAUCUCUCUGCUUGGCUGCUGAUGGUAUAUAAUAUUAAACAAUAAAGCUUCGUGAGUUUUCCUGGCCAAGGUUGUCCAGUUUCUUUUUCUCUUAAAAUCAGAAUUUUUAAUUUUCUGAUCACAAUUUAGCUUCUUGACAUCAUGCUGCCAUGUGUUAUUGUAAUCUCUCUGCUUGGCUGCUGAUGGUAUAUACACUAAACAAUAAAGCUUCAUGAAUAAUCCUGGCGAAGGUUGUCGACACCCUUAGUUAUGGUUAUCUGAGCUGUUGUGAUCUGGGUGUUGUGAGAAAUCCAUAUACAGGACCAUGUAUGCAGUGGGAAGGUUAGGCAGCUACAUCUCCCGUGGAGUGUACACCGUCUCUGGCCCCUUUCACCCGUUUGGUGGUGCUGUGGAUAUAAUUGUAGUCGAGCAGCCAGAUGGGAGCUUCAAAUCAUCCCCUUGGUAUGUCCGGUUUGGGAAAUUUCAAGGGGUUUUGAAGACAAAGGAGAAGGUGGUUAGUAUUAAUGUCAAUGGUGUCGACGCGGAUUUCCACAUGUAUCUUGAUCAUAAAGGGGAAGCUUACUUUCUCAGAGAUGUAGAUGGACAGGAAGAGGAAUCCGUGUUGCAUCCUUCCUCUUCUGGUGAUGAGGCUGAUUGGCAAUCCAAUCAUGUUAGAAGGCCAAUUAAGUCCAAACACCGCGUUGAUAUGGCCAAUACGGAUAUAGUGCCUGGGACUAACUCGGGCCAGACACCGUUACUUGGGCUUGUUUUUGGACGGAGGUCAAUGAAACAAGAUAGUGCUAAGGAAGGAGAGGGUGAUGCCAGCGUUGUUGUCCUGAGAGCAAGUUCUUUAGAGAGUGCUGAGAUUGCAGCUGAUCUCUUGGAGGUGAAGUGGUCGACCAAUCUCGCAUCCAGUCGGCCGAGGAAGGACAAUGCUGGCCAUUUCUCUGCCGAUGGCAUGCGUGUUGAUCAGGAUGAAAUAGAUAUGCACAUUAACUUAAGUCUAGCCAGAACUGCUAUUAGUUCAGUUGAAGAAUUGGAAUCAGGGGUCAUUGACAUUGGGUCUGGUUGCAUCAACUUGGAUGAUCAAGUUCAAAGUGAGAGCAAUUGUACAGCAGAUAUCCAUUCUUCUUUGCUAGUUAUUCACAAUUCUCAAAGACCUGAUGGUGACUGUGACUCAACCAAUGCAAUAAGUAUCCCACCAUCAGAGAGUUCAGAGGAAGAACAGUUCCUUUUCAGUGACCUAGAUGAAUCUAAACUUGGUGAGAUUGAGCAUGUGGAGUCUAUGCCGAAAGAUCAUCUAGACAAAGACAGUAAUUCUUCUUUUUCCAAGGAAAGCAAUGAAGAGAUGAUAGAUGGUGAGUUAAGUGUGAUUUCAAACAAGUCUAUACUUGAUAGCACAUCCAGUGAUCCUGACAACUUUGUAGAGAGGUCAAGUAUGUCGUCAAGUCCCAUUAGUGUUCCUCCAAGUCAUUGGGUUGCUAGUGGAGAGGAUGGGAGGCAAGCAGAGUCAUUGCCCAAUUUGUGGUCUCACAUCCACAAGUUUGAUGUGCGUGACAAUUAUCCAUUAAGCCAUUCACUGGAUUCAGAUACCAAGUCCAUGAAAUGGCCAUUGCGUGGCAAAGAUGACUUGAGCUUGGUAAAAUCAGAUUCAGAGAAACAUCAGUUAGUACAGGACCAGGAAGAGGACAGAUUGGCACUGGAGCAGCAAGAUAUUGAAGAUAGUGACUACUCAGAAAAGAUGAAACAUGUUUUUGCCAAUCCUGAAGUCGAGCUUUCUCUUUGCAGGCACUUGUUACAUGAAGGAAUGGGAGGUGAUGCUGCUUCCCAAGUGUUUGAUGCUGAAAAAUUGGAUAUAGAGACAUUCACUUCUCUAGGCCCUUCAAUUGUGAAGGAUAAUAAGCUUGUUGUCAGAAUUGGUGGUCAUUACUUCCCAUGGGAUGUGGCUGCUCCAACUAUUUUAGGGAUGGUUUCAUUCAGGACUGCUGAUAUAUUUGAACGAAAGGGCAUGAUAUCUGUUGAUCAGGUUGAGAAAUCCCCUGAAGCAGAUCAAUCCAAAGCCAUUGUUUCCUCUGGUGGAAGCUGGCUUUGGCCUUUUUCUUUCAAAAGGUCAAGAUCUAGGAAGAUUCUGCAGCCAGCUCUGAGUGAUGCAAGGAGUUAUUAUCCAGAAAAUACUUCAGAGCAUAUGAUCAGAAAUGCCACAAAAGAAAAUCCACUUCAGCCAAAGGUGAUUAAAAAGAUAAUAAGGGAACUCACACCUUCAUCAGACCAAUUAGCAUCCUUAAAUCUGAAGGAAGGCAGGAAUUCUGUAAACUUCACAUUCUCCACAGCAAUGCUGGGGAAGCAGCAGGUUGAUGCCAGAAUUUAUUUGUGGAAAUGGAACACUCGAAUAGUAAUAUCAGAUGUGGAUGGGACAAUUACGAAAUCAGAUGUUCUAGGCCAGUUCAUGCCUUUAGUUGGGAAGGAUUGGUCACAAACUGGUGUGGCACAUUUAUUUUCAGCUAUUAAGGAAAAUGGGUAUCAACUUCUCUUUCUUAGUGCACGAGCAAUCUCUCAAGCCUAUCACACUCGGCAAUUCCUUGUCAACCUUAAGCAGGAUGGGAAAGCAUUGCCGGAUGGGCCAGUUGUUAUUUCCCCUGAUGGACUUUUUCCAUCUUUGUAUCGGGAAGUAAUCAGAAGAGCUCCUCAUGAAUUUAAAAUAGGAUGCUUGGAGGAUAUCAGAGCAUUGUUUCCAUCUGAUUGCAAUCCAUUCUAUGCCGGUUUUGGAAACAGAGAUACUGAUGAAAUCAGCUAUCUGAAGGUUGGGAUCCCAAGGGGAAAAAUAUUUAUUAUUAAUCCCAAGGGUGAGGUUGCUGUGCACCGCCGCGUUGACACAAAAUCAUAUACUUCACUUCAUGCACUUGUUAACGGCAUGUUUCCAGCCAUGACCACAUCUGAGCAGGAGGAUUUCAAUUCGUGGAAUUUCUGGAAGCUACCUCCUCCUGUUAUUGAUAUUUGAAGGGUCAUCCAAAAGUUCGAUGCUUGAUCCUAGGGAUGCACAAAUGUUUGAUGUUUGCCAUGCUUGUAACCAGGCAGGUGUAGCUUGGGUAUGGUAGAAGUUCCACCUAUUUGUGCUGGGAUAUAUCUCAACGCCCUGGAAGUACUUGAUAAAGAUUUUGUUUUAUUUAACAUAUGUCCUGCUUCAAAGUCAGGUCAAUUUAUAUUAUUUUACAGUGUGAUCAGGUAUCCCAUGAACAAUGAUCUAAGUGUUUAUUGGGAAUCUGGUGCAGGAAAUAGGCAUGGCUGGAAGGAAAGCCAUAUAGUGUAGAUAGUUUGUGAAUGGAGAAAAUUUGUCAUCAUUAGUUCAUUGGUGAAACCUGGUUGCUGUGUAUUGGUUGUGCAAAACGACUAACAGAACAUUACAAGCCUUCCCCCCUGUAAAUUGCAAAAAAAUUACGGAUAAGUUCAUUCAAAGUAUUUCAUUUGAA